AUGGCGGCGCGAGAAAGUACGCCCCCGGCGGCACCAGCGAGUCCCUCAUCCGGCUCCUCCAGUGUCGGAACGCCACCCGGAAGCGCAACCAAGAAGGAGUGUGUCAAGGAACAGUCCGCCGUCGAUGACGAUGCACCGUCCUUUGCCGAGCAGAACGCCGGCCCCGAGCUGAAGCGCAGGCUCAAGUCUCGCCAUUUGCAGAUGAUUGCCAUUGGUGGUACUAUUGGUACUGGUCUCUUCAUCGGUUCCGGCAGCGCUCUCGCCAAGUCGGGCCCCGCUGGUGUCCUCAUCGCCUACUGCUUCAUCGCCACCAUCGUUUACAGCAUCAUGAUGUCCCUCGGCGAAAUGGCUACCUACAUCCCCGUUGCCGGCGGUUUCACCACGUACGCGGCUCGCUUCGUUGACGGCUCUCUCGGUUUCUCCAUGUCGUGGAUCUACUGGUUCUCCUGGGCCAUCACCUUUGCGCUCGAGCUGGUCGCUACCGGUCUGAUCAUCCAAUACUGGAACGACUCGCUGUCUAUCGGUAUCUUCAUCGCCAUCUUCUGGGUCGUCAUCUUUGUCAUCAACUUGUUCCCCGUCUCCUGGUACGGUGAGGCCGAGUUUUGGUUGUCCUCGGUCAAGGUCAUUACCGUCAUCGGCUUCCUCAUCUUCGGCAUCUGCAUCAACGCCGGCGCCGGUCAGGAGGGCUACAUUGGCUUCAAGUACUGGCACGAGCCGGGUGCUUUUGCUCCCUGGAUUCUCGACCCUAGCCGUCCUGUCGCCAAGUUUGUUGGUUUCUGGGGUGUCAUGAUCCAGGCCGGCUUCUCCUUCCAGGGAACCGAGCUUGUCGGUAUCGCUGCUGGUGAGACCGAGGAUCCGCGCCGCAACGUCCCCCGUGCCAUCCGCAUGACCUUCUACCGUAUCUUCCUCUUCUUUAUCAUGACCGUCUUCUUCAUCGGCAUCCUGAUCCCCUACGACAACAAGGAUCUGACUAACGGCGGCUACACUGCGGCUGCCUCUCCCUUUGUCAUUGCUGCCAAGCUCGCCGGUGUCAAGGUCCUGCCCGACAUCAUCAAUGCCGUCUUGCUCACUGUCGUUCUCUCUGCCGCCAACUCCAACGUCUACUCGGGUUCUCGUGUCCUCGUCUCCCUCGCCAACGACGGCAUGGCCCCCAAGUGGUUCAAGAUCACCACCAAGUCCGGUGUCCCCUGGGUUGCCGUCAUUGCCACCUCGGUCAUUGGCUUCCUCGGCUUCCUCAAUCUCUCGGAGAACGGUGGCCAGGCCUUCGACUGGCUUCUCAACAUUUCGGGUGUCGCUGGCUUCAUCGCUUGGUCCGGCAUUCUCAUUGCCCAUCUCCGCUUUAUGAAGGGUCUCGAGGCGCACAACAUCCCCCGCGCCAAGCUGCCCUACCGCGCAUCUCUCGCCCCUUACUACACCUACUAUGCCCUGUUCUUCUGCGUCCUUAUCACUCUCACUCAAGGCUUCGACUCGUUUAUGCCCUGGAGCACCGAGAACUUUUUCGUGGCCUACAUCUCGCUCAUCCUCUUCGCCGUCUUGUACUUCGGCCACAAGCUCUUCACGCUCAUUUUCCGGGGCGCCGCGGCGUGUAAGUUUGUCGUCGCCAAGGACAUGGACGUAACCACUGGAUCUUUGGAUCUGGACGCCGAGAUCCCCGAUGAGGUUGAGGAGCCUACGAGUAUCUGGAAGAAGAUUGGAACGGGUAUCAUGGGUUAA